AUGCCUCUCUCAACCCCUCCCCCUUCUGUCGCGGUGGCGACGUGGCUGCGUUCAUUGGACAGUCCCUCCGAUGUAGGGAACACACCACACACGAGAGCAGGACUUCAUCCCAUCGGCAAUAACAUUCAAUAUCAUUUCGCCGGGCUUGUAAUAUUGCUGAACUCUUACUUAUCCACCGGAGAAGGUCCUCUCCUCCCCCCGCGUGGAGGUGCUCCCGCGGAAUUUUCUCGAAAAAUGUGGACACCGGGCUCAGAGGGCUAA